AUGGCGGCUUCUUUGCUGUCUUUUUCCUGGCGCUCCAUUCCCCAGAGAAUAACUUCUUCCUUAAGUCAAUAUUUUUCCAGUGAUGGCAUUUUAUUGAUUGUUGCGGUAAUUUUAGAGAUCGCAUCAUGCGUUACUUUGAUUAUGGUGACAAUGUUAUGCGCUGGUCAGUGCUUAUUGUUCGCGAAAAUUUAUGAGAGGAAAAGGAUCCUGGAAGGAUCCCACAAAGUAUGGUGUGCCCUGCCGAUAUUUUUACACGUUAUAGCUCUUGGAUCUGCAUUACUUUUCUUGUUUCGGUUUAUCAGAAGAGGGAAAGUUAGGUAAGCGAGAUUAUCACCAUGAGUAUAGUGUGUUCUGUUGAAUUUUAGAUGCUAUGCUAAGUAAAAAUUAGGGCAAAGACUAACAGUUGGAAUCUCUAGUAAUGACCACCUCCUGUAAGUGACCGUGACCACUUUUGCGCCUCAAAGUUUAAUGAUUUUUAAUCUUUUUUAAGUGACCGCUUGGCGUAUUCUCUGAUCUCUAUGUUUGCUGUGUGCACUAUGCUACGUAGAAUAUACAAAGAACUUUAGUAACAAGAUGGAACCUUAGGGGGCGCAAAAUAGAAAUUGCAUGCACUAAAUUAUCUUGUAUAAAGUAGAUGUGCCCAGACCUCUUCUUGGAAGUGGCUUCCUGUGGUUCGAUUCUUGUAAGCAACCACUAAGUCUUUGCAUUUUGGAUGGUCGCUUAUGGGAGGUUCAACUGUAAUGGUAUUUAUGUAAGUGUCAAUGUCUUUAGCGUGACAGAACUAAUAGACGACACAGUUUUUACAUCUUCUGAAAAUGGGACCACAAUUUCUGCAUGGUCAUCUGAGCCAUGGGAAGGUUAGCAGGGUAAAUACCAGUACCUUCAUUUUUCUCAUUGUUGAAACUUCCUUUAUUUAUCACUUGUAGGGGUUAUAGCAAUUUCUUUAAUGCUCUUGCACUACUGACAGCUUCUACAUUGGCGACAUGUAUUGCUUCUUUGGUAAUUAGCCGUGGAUUUCAAGCCUUAUGCGACUCAUUUGUCAUUAACAGGUAAUAGUAGGGAGUUUAAGAAGUGACAUAUUUGAGUGACGCACUUUGACAGUUUACUGUAAGUGAGCCUUUUUCUUUUUUUAUAUUGCUUGACGCUACCAAAUUUGUGUUGCUAAUUGUCUUUACUCUUAUGGAGACAAUUUUCUAAAAAAAUGUGCUUAAAAUUACAGCUGAAGAGUGCAAAAAGGCCACAUUCGGUUGACAUGUGUCGUUCAAAAACGUCGCUGCUUAAACUCAUUAGUCUUCUUCAUCUUUGGCAACUGUUACAUCAACUUUCUCCUAACAAUAUGAAUACAGUAAAUGACCUAAUAAACAACUCUUAUCUAGUACACUGCCCCUCUACACAGUUAAAAUAAUUGUAUUAGAUACCCCUCUCUAAUAAAUGCCUCCUUUCUAAUAGAUGCCCCCUAUGAGAAUUAGCCCAUAAUUCAUUCAGUUUCUUGCUUGAUUUGCAAGGCUUUGCUAUUUCAUCUUGUUCCAUGUCAAGUUUAAAGUAAGGAUAGACUAAUGAUAGCAACACAAUACCAAUGACCAAGGAUUCUGACAUUGAUGUUCGAAUUUCAAAGAGUAGUAUGGAUCUCUAGAUGGCAUAGAUACAUGUAUCAGUUGGAGGGGAUAUUACACUAUUUCUAAACUCUCUUGAUAUUUUUGCCGAAAAUGUAUUACAUAAUUGUAGUUUUUAAAUGCCUCCUAUCUGUAAGACGCCCCUGCUUGGACCCCUAGAAUUAAAUAGAUGCCGCAAAUGAAUGUAUAUAUGUUGUAGUUCCAUUUUGAUCCUUGGUUUAAAUUUAUUUCCCUUUGUUUUGUGGUAUGGUAAUGUAUGAAAACAAAAACAAAGAGAAAUAGAAUUUAAACCAAAAAAUUUAAUCACUACAUAUUGCCAUGGGGGCUUAAAAAGGGUUAAAAACAAAUUUGACCAUGUUUAGAACUAAAAAUAACUGUACAAUACCCACCCUGUAUAGGAAAACAACUUCCGCUUUUUGUUUAGUCAAAGGAGCAAAUGGCACACAUUGACAAGAAGUUUGUGGAAAGCCUAGUUGUGGUCAGAAAACACACCAGAAAUUAUUUCAGUGUUUUAAAAGUCUUUUGUAGGCUAAAUAAAGUAGGGUCCAUAAAUCCCUUGGAACUAGCAGUUAUUUAAAGUGAUGAAGGGAUCAUCUGAUCUUAACAACCUCUGUUGCAGAUGUACAGAUCUCCAUUUUGAUUCAAUGGAUUGGAAGAAAUUUACUCCAAAGUACUGUGACUGUGACAAAGGUUAUUCUUUACUGGAAUCAACUUUGGUAAAAGUCUUAUUUUUCAGUAAUCUUAGGUAGAGCAUUAAAGAUUAAGCCUAAUAUUGAUGUACUGACUAGUAUCAUUGUUGUAUUUUUCUUUUGGGUUGAUACCAGGGGUUUGUUGUUGUAAAACCACAAACAUUUUGUAAACACUUGAAAUAUUCUGGGAAACAUUAAUUUUUUAUGUAACCACUCACAUUGAAUGCCAAGACACAUGAAAUGAUAAACCAUAAGCCACAAACUAAUACAGUGGAAUUUUCAGUUCUCAGCAGCCAUUUCUAUGAAUGGCACAAAGAAGUACUUCAUAGGUAACCAAACAAUACAUCUAUUGUGGGACAGAAAGCUGCUUGUAGAAUUUUGUGGCAUAAAUCAUAGCAAUCGGCCACACAAAUGCAAUAUCUAAAUGCAGUCUUUAUCGCAUUGCCAAAAAUUGCUGUCAGCAAAAUUUAACUGUAGUAUUUAUUCAGUGCCAAAAUAAAAAUAUUGGUAAUAGGUAGAGUGUGAAUUCAGAGAUACGUGUGGCAUUAACGACUUAAUAUUAAAGUCAUUUGGCUUUGUUUGUCAAACCAAAAAGGUAAACUCAUGUGGUCUUAUUCCUGAGCAUUUGGUUGGACAAUGAUAAGGCCAAGUCGAAUGAUGGUGUUCUCUGUCAACCAAAAAGGAAAAAUUUUCAUUAAUUUGUGGAAAAUCAGUCAGUUAAAGUUCUUUUGGUUUCAGCCUUCUCAUGCUAUAUAUAAACUCUGACUACUCUGAUGGGUUUCAUUUCGCUAGGGAGGAACAUAUAUCACUAUGAUGUCACAGUAAUAGUCGUGACCUAGUCUUGACACAUGAGAAAACAACACCAUGCAUGCACGGGGUGGUCUUUCUGUAAUAAUAAGGUCGGAUCAGUAUUUGAAAACCACCAGCAUUAGCGAUGCAAGGAAGUGAUGUCUCAAAAUUUGAGAGUGUUUGUUUUCUGCUAGCUGUGGUUAAAUUUGGCAAGGAAAGUACACUCAAAGGAUUUGAUCACUACGACUAGGGAUGUGUGUUUGGGGAAACACAUAUCCCAAGUGAAAUGUAUUUCCGCUGCCUCCUGAUUUCACCUUUUUGGUUUGAUAAACAAAGCCAUGUGACCUGAGAGAUUUAAAACGCUUGGCUCGAAAAUUAACUGUCACAUGUGUCUUUGAAUUUGUGGUCUACCUGUUUCGUUAGUGCUGUAUGCUGUGAUAAAGAUCAUUUACUUUGCUAAAGACAGGUUACCCAGUCCUCAUCAAGCUUUUGUUGGUUUUGUUUUCUUAGGUGUGCUCAUGGUGUUCCUGUUUCAUAUUUUUCCUUUUGUGUAUAGUCCAUGCUCUUCGAGCAUUCACAGGACCCCCACCAAUGUAA